GGUGAACUGUGAACCUCUGUGUGCAAGGCAUAUGAUAAUACAAGCCUUGCCAUAUUAAUCAUACUGAUGUGUCCAUAAUUCCGUUUGCAUAUUGGACUCCACACCUAAACUACAUGACGUUUGGUGACUGAAUUGAAGAUAGAUCUCAGGCAGGUUCCUGUCAACGCCACCAGUGGGACUUGUGAGCUUCCAGCUUUAAUGCGGUGCAGUACCAGGUGGAUCGCAAGAUGACGGACGAGGUGAUCGUGGUGGCCAAGUUUGACUACAUGGCGCAGCAGGAUCAGGAGCUGGACAUCAAGAAGAACGAGCGGCUCUGGCUGCUGGACGACUCCAAGUCCUGGUGGCGCGUCCGCAACGCCACCAACAAGACCGGCUUCGUGCCCUCCAACUACGUGGAGCGCAAGAACAGCGCCAGGAAAGCCUCCAUCGUCAAGAACCUUAAAGACACACUAGGUAUCGGCAAGGUGAAGCGGAAAGCAGGCAUGCGGGGCGACGCGGCGUCAGGCGCGGAGGCGGACGGCUACGGCGACGGCAGCGGGGGCGAGCGGCUGUACGACCUCAACCUUCCGGCGCUCGUCAAGUUCAGCUACGCGGCGGAGCGCGAGGACGAGCUCUCGCUGACGAAGGGCACGCGCGUCAUCGUCAUGGAGAAAUGCAGCGACGGCUGGUGGCGCGGCAGCUACGCGGGCCGCUCGGGCUGGUUCCCCUCCAACUACGUCACGGAGGACAUGGACGGUAGCGCCUCGUUGGCCGCUAGCGGACCCGGUGACCACGCCCCCUCGCUCUCCGAGAAGCUCGCCGCCGCCGUGCACGGAGCCUCGAUCACGUCGUCGAGCGCCGGGGGCUACGCGGCUAACGGUAACGGUAGACACGCCGGCGCCGGGGUCCUGCACACGGUCCAGGCGCUUUACCCGUUCAGCUCGACCAAUGAGGAGGAGCUGCGGUUCGAGAAGGGAGAGCUGAUGGAGGUGAUCGAGAAGCCCGAGAACGACCCUGAGUGGUGGAAGUGCCGCAAGGCGGACGGGCAGGUGGGGCUGGUGCCCAAGAACUACGUCAACGUGCUGAGCGACGCGGCGGCAGUGGUGGCGUCGACGGCGGCCUGCGUGGGACCCCCGACCCCCGACUGCGACUACGUGCAGCCGUCGAGCAGCGGGCGCUUCGCGGGCACGCUGUGGUACUACGGCAAGGUCACGCGGCACCAGGCGGAGGUGGCGCUCAACCAGAGGGGCAGCGAGGGCGACUUUCUCAUACGCGACAGCGAGUCAUCGCCCAACGACUUCUCGAUCUCGCUGAAGGCGGCGACGAAGAACAAGCACUUCAAGGUGCAGCUGAAGGACGGCCAGUACUGCAUCGGCCAGCGCAAGUUCGGCAGCAUGGAGGAGCUGGUGGAACACUACAAGAAGGCGCCCAUCUUCACCGGCGAGCACGGCGACAAACUCUACCUUGUCAAGGCCCUGGCCGCGUCCUGAUGGAACAGCACACACACACAAACACACACACACACCGCAUCCUGAAAUACACACACACACGUGGCCAUCUUCACCGGCGAGUACGGCGACAAACUUUACCUGGUCAAGGCCCUCGCCGCGUCCUGAUGGAACAGCACACAUACACACACACACACACCGCAUCCUGAAAUACACACCGCAUCCUGAAAUACACACAAACACAUGGCCAUCUUUACCGGCGAGCACGGCGAUAAACUUUACCUGCUCAAGGCCCUUGCCGCCUCCUGAUGGAACAACACACACACACACACACACACACACACACCGUCGUAUACACACACGCCACGUCCUGAUCGAGAAUUACACACACUCUAGUCCUGUACACAUAUACAUACAUACAUACAUACAUGCACGCACACACAAGCCCAUCUCCACCGGCGAGUAGACUACAGCCACAGGCCCUCGCUGCGUCCAUGCGUGCGCACACACACACGGAACACUUGUAUACACACGUAUACAUACACACACACACACACACACACAUACACGUAUACAUACACACGGCCAUCUUCACCGGCGAGUGCAGUGACAUACUCUACCUGGUCAAAGCCCUUGCUGCAUCCUGAUGGAGCAACACACACACAUGAACAUUUACACACACACACACACACACACACACACACACACACACACACACACACACACACACACACACACUCACUCGUAUACACACAUACAUACACAAGCAACCCAUCUUCACUGAGGAGCUCGGGGACAAAACUCUACCUGCGUCCUCAUGGAGCAAUACACUCAAGAACACACACACGCACACACACACACACACACACACACACACACACACACACACACACACACACACACACACACACACACACACACACACACACACACACACACACACACACACACAAAUGCAAACUCAACUUGGAGAGGAAGCUCACCAAUAUACACACUUAACAAAAAAAAAGAACAUAAGAAACUAUAUCUGAAGCAAGACUUUUGUGGGAAAGUAAAGAACAUUCCAAAUGAUGAGAGAAAGAGAGAGAGAGAGAGUAAGCAUGAGCGACAGAAGAGAGAAGAGGAGAGAAUGAAUGAAUGAAUGAAAGAAAGAAGGAAUCGAGUGCUGUUCAGUUUGUUUUUGAAGAGAAGAAGAGAAGAGAGAGCAGACGGUCUACGACUCGCUCCUAAUAGGCAUGGACAUAAUAAUGUAUUAUAUUAUAUUAUGUGUUUAGGUCAUAGGAUGCAAGCGUAUUGCAAAAAAGCCGUUAUGUCACCAUAUACUAGAUCUGCAUUUAGUUUAAUUUUGUUAAUAUAUAUUCUUUUUUUUUUCCUUUUCUUUUUUUUUGUGUUUUUAUUUUUUCGUUUUUCUUUUUAAAAAUGUGAUGUCUUUUUUUCAUGCUUUCCCCAUGGACUAACCGCCGAAGGGAGAUUUUUGGAUUUCGCAAUCAUUGGGAGGCCUGAAAAUGAAACUGAGAUGAAUUAUGACAUGACCACACACACACACACACACACACACACACACACACACACACACACACACACACACACACACACACACACACACACACACACACACACACACACACACACAGCUUAAAAGUACUACUUCUGUCAUUCUGCCAAGCUGCACAACGCAUACACCCACACACACACCCACACACCCACACCCACACACACACACACACACACACACACACACACACACACACACACACACACACACACACACACACACACACACACACACACACACACACUUUGGAAAUCACAUACACCAUACACACACCAACCAACUGCCAUGUGAUGUUUGUGGAGAAACUUUUGCUAUAAGUGCAAACACAAUAAAAACAGAAAUUGUAUCGAGA